UUAUACUCAUUCAACAAACAUCUGGGUCAGGCGUUGAGUGUUUAUUAAUCUCACAUAGUUAAUAGUUUGGGUGUGAUCAAAGCCUCUUUCUCUUUGACACCAAGGUGUUGUGUGUGUGUGUGAAGGUCACAUGAGUUUAACAAUGGAGGUUGGGAAGAUUGGUAGAGGUUUAAUGGUGCCGAUGUUGAUAGCCAAUUUUGUAGUGUAUGUAAUACUGGUUGGACUCGCUGCGUGGUCUAUCGACAAGUAUAUCGACGGCGAACAGAACCACCCGCACUUGGGAGGGAACCCAUCAACAACAUACAUGUUAGAAUUUGGAUUACUUGGAGGUGCAACCGGAUUGUGCUCGCUCGUGAUCGGGUUCAUGCACCACCGAGCAUGGCGUAGCGCGAGUUUGGCUAGUGCUUCAUCAUCGGCAUUCAUCUCUUGGGCUAUUACUGCUGUCGCCUUCGGUUUCGUUUGGAAGGAGAUCAAAAUGGGAGGACGAAGAGGAAAACGCUUGCAAACACUGGAAUUAUUCAUAACAAUAUCGACAUUCAGCCAAAUGUUGUAUCUCAUGCUUCUACAUGCCGGAGUAUUCAGCCGCAAGUACGGACCUGAUUAUCUUAGCCACAGGGAUGAAACCAUUACCCACCGUGUACCUACCCAGUCUCAGCCCCAGCCCCAGCCCCAGCCCAGCACCUCCUCUUUGGAAUAAUUUCGUAUCAUACAUGACAAAAACAGGAGAUAAUCUGUGUACAUAUAGUUUGAUGACAAAAAAGCAAUACAUAUUGAUCUGGAUUGUUUAGUAUCCAAAAAGCAAUACAUAUAGGUCGAGUAUUCUAGUUGUUCGAUUCUUGCAUUCCA